ACAGUAUCUUUACUACUUUCCUCUCUCUAUGGUAUAAUAUUCAGACCUAUCUCAUUACUGUUCAACUUAAUAUAGUUUCUUCAUACUCCUAUUUUUAUAGUUCUUCUUUAAUUUGGUCUCAAAUUAUCAGAAGCAAAUAGAAUCCAUUUUAUUGUAGCAAAUAAACGACACGUAAUCGUAAAGGCUGUGGCGUGCUGGUAUUGAUCUUUGUUUAGACUUGACGAAUCAGCUGUAGCCACGAAGCAUCAUGAAAUUUUAUCAAGUGUCAACGCGUUUAAAACUGCCGGUUUUGUUGAUAUUAAAAUCACAAUUCAAUAAUCUUAUCUGAUUUGAUCGCCGAAUUUUAUCUCAGAUAUAAUUCUACAUUCAAUCAGUGAACAUUCAUGUUCUUACAAUGAUAUAUUUCAACUGUGUUCUACUGUUGUUGGGCAUAUCCGCCAUUGGUGUACAUUCAGAAAAAGGUUGCAUAGCACUUGACACAGUAUCUUUUGACAAGAUCUUAUCGAAAUUCAAAGCAGUCCUGGUGAAGUUUGAUGCGGUUUUCCCAUAUGGAUCGAAGCAGGAGGCCUAUGAAUCCGUCUGUUCAGCAAGUAGAGUUAUAACUGAACUAUUGGUCACCGAAGUUUCUGUCAAAGACUACGGUGACAAGGAGAACUUGGAUCUGGCGCAAAAAUUCGGAGUGCACAAGAAUGAUUAUCCGGUUGUGAAGUUGUUCAUCAACGGACAGGAAGCUCACACGUUCAGAGUGAAAGACGACAGGGAGUUCAACGAGAAAAACUUGAAAAACUUUAUUCGGGCAAAAUCAGGUGUCUACAUUGGACUUGACGGAUGCUACGAAGAUUUCGACAACUUAGCGUUGAAUUUCACCGUAUCUACCACUAAAGAGGAGAAGCAAAAAUAUCUGGAAAAAGCUGAAUUUAUUCUGAGAAGUACGAACAGUCUACAUAAGCAGAAAGCUGGUGAAAUGUAUGUGAAAUACAUGAAAAAGUCACUGCUGGAGGGGGAUAAGUUCAUAAACCAAGAGGAGAAUAGAAUCAAGACAAUUACGGAGCAGGGGAAAAUUCAUAUAACGAAGAGAAGAGAGUUUGAUCAUAAAAUUAAUAUUUUGAAUUCGUUCAAGAUUAAGGAUGAGUUAUAACCGGGGAGAUUAAAAAUGUGUGGUGAUUCUGAGUGCGGUAAUAAAGGGAGGUGAUAUGCAGAUUUCAUAAAAAUGACUCAAGACUAUUAAUCAGAUCUUGGUUCAACAAAUUUUGAUGGCCGAUAAUCAGACUUCUUGGUCACAAUAAUAAUUAAAUAAGCUCAAACUAUAUAUCAUCUAGUAAAUCACAUUAUUAUAAUAGGCUAUAUGAUAAAGUCAACUGUGCUUUUAGAAUUAAGUUUGUUUUUCGGUAAUUCUUCAAAAUUAUAUUUUUAAUAUGUGAAUAUUUCCUAUUUUAGUUAUAAUAAUGUAAAAUAUUUCAACUAUGUUUAGUUUUGAAGCAUCUAUAUUUGAAAAUCUACUUUGUAAAAAUACUUGAGGACUGAAAAUUUUGUGAAUUGAAGAACUACAAGACUUAACCUACCUAUUUCGAACUAUGUGUUAUCUAAAUUUGGGAGAGGAAUAGCACAAGGUUACCUUAUUUUUCCUCUCCCUAUCAUUUUGGUAAUAUACUUAUUGUAUAAAUGAAUAAAAAAUAAUUUGAUUUUUGGAUAAAUAUGAACACAAAUAAAUGCAUGCUGCAGCUGCUACUUUCAUAUGGACUGUUUCAAACAUUUUUCUGUAAGCCUUCAAAUUUAUAAAAAUUUCAAUAUACAAGAAACUAAAGAACUAUCCCAUAACAUUCAUAUUAAGAUAUUGAAAUUUAAAAAAAGUUCGUUGCAUGAAUGGGCACGUAAUAUAAAAUUAAACGUGUAAACCUUUUCGUGGGACACCCUAUAUAUAAGCGUAUGGUGUCGCAGUGGUUUAAGGGUAAAUAAUUAAAUAUGCAUGUACUUACACAUGCACACAAAUAUGCAGCAAUCUAAAGGACUUGUCAGAAUAAAAAAGAUAUGCUUUUGGCGUAGGGGUUGGCGAUCCCAUCGCCCAGUUGCUAAUGCAACUGCAAUCAGCCUCUCCAAAGCCCUUCUUCCCACUCCCCUCUUAGUCUUCUCAUUGCUUUGGAGCUUUCAACUUCUAGAAUGGCACUUCUCCAUUUACUAAGCUUUGUGCCAUUCUUUACUUUUCUCUAUACUUUUGGCCUCCCUUGGUCGAAACUCUUAUUUCCAUUUCCAGACUCUUAUUUCCAUUUCCAAACUCUUAUUUCCAUUUCCAAACUCUUAUUUCCAUUUCCAAACUCUUAUUUCCAUUUCCAAACUCUUAUUUCCAUUUCUAAACUCUUAUUUCCAUUUCUAAACUCUUAUUUCCAUUUCCAAACUCAUUUUUCCUUUUGGCGUAGGGGUUGGCGAUCCCAUCGCCCAGUUGCUAAUGCAAUUGCAAUCAGCCUCUCCAAAGCCCUUCUUCCCAGUCUCACAUCAGUUUCCCAUCUGCCAUUUUCUACUUUUCUCUAAACUCUUUGUCACUCUUGGUUACACUUUUUUUCAUUUUCCUCUCCUCUUCCGGUUUGAUGGACUUGCUGUGUGUUCUCCGAACCAUCCACUAAUGGCAAGGCGUGGUUGGUCAGCGACCAGUACUUGGGAAACCUGAUGAUGAGUCAAUUGGUAGACGGGAAAGGAUUGGCACAAGAGGAAUGGAUGAACGCUUUUCUGCGCGCAUGACGAAUCUUGAUGCUUCAUUUGAACUCAAUAAUCUCGACGCAAAAGGUAGGACUACUGAACUAUUUACAUACAAACAAUCAAUAAAUUAUACAUAAAAUACGUUUUUCUAAUUAUUAAUUAUAUAUUUUAAUGUUAAAUAAAUAAUUAAUGUUAUUUAUAGUCAUUAUUUAUUUAUAUGAAAAUAUAUAAAUAAUAAAUUAAAAUUUUAUAAUAAUUCAAUUGAUUCUAUAAUAACUCAAUGACAGCAUCAAAAUACACAUACAGAGACUUUUUGCUCAACCAUGAUGACGGGAGGGUAGAGGAGUUGCGUUCAUCCUGUAUCUCGAGGUCUGUCAGGAAUGAUGGAAAAUGAAACAUCAUCAGCGCGCAGAAAUCAAGCGUACCUCCAUUUCUCUUGUGCCAAUCCUUUUCCGUCUACCACUUGAAUCAUCAUCAGGUUUCCCAAGUACUGGUCGCUGACCAACCACGCCUUGCCAUUAGUGGAUAGUUCGGAGCACACACAGCAGGUCGGUCAAACCGGAAGAGGAGAGGAAAAUGAAAAAAAGUGUAUCUUCCAGGUACAGGAUGAAGGCUACUCCUCUAUCCUCCCGUCAUCGUGAUUGAGCAAAAAGUCUCUGUAUGUGUAUUUUGAGGCUGUCAUGGAGACCUGGCCCUCCAUUCUUAUAUCAAAUAGUACUUCAGCCAACAAUCUUAUUUGACGUUCGAAAAUCAAUUGAUUGUUUGUAUGUAAACAGUUAAGUAGCCCUUUCUUUCGUGUCGAGAUUAUUGAGUUUGGCUACCAGAUUUGCAAUCACUAAGGGCCUCCAGUGGGUUUUCGACCGACAGAACUUGAAGGGAUCCGAAAUUUUUCAUCCCUUCUAGUUUUGAGACUAGAAACUAGAAGAGAUCAGAAAUGUUGGUUCCCUUCAAGUUUUAUCGGUCGAGAAAUCAGUGUCUAAAAAACUCAGCAAUUAAAAGCAGUGAGCAGCAGAGAAUCAUACUCUACAAACUAGAAGAGAUCAAAAUUUUGGUUGAUUGUCUGCUGCUUACUGCUUUUGAUUGCUGUGUUUUUUAGAAUAAAAUCUAAAACACAGUAUUGUUUUAAAAUUAUAAAAACUUUUCUGAGCACAAAGUCUUGAUUUGGUUUGGUGCAAAUAUGAAAGCACUUUUAGUGUGGUUAGGGUUUUUUUUGUUGUUGUUGUUUGUAUUGAAACUAUGUAUGGGUACAUAACAUUUGUAUUUUGCAGUUUAAUAUUGUUGUGAACAUUCUUAUAAGAUAUAGGAUAUCCUAGUAAAUCGUAUAUUUAAUAGAAUGAUAUCCUGGAAAAAGUGUUUAUUAUUAUAAAUUGACGAAAAAACUUCACAGAGCACAAAGUCUUGAUUUGGGUUGGUGCAAAUAUGAAAACAUUUUUAAUGUGGUUAGGGUGUUUUUUUGUUGUUGUUUGUAUUAAAACUAUGUAUGAGUACAUAAGAUUUGUAGUUUAAUAUUGUUGUGAAUAAUAUAAUAUUAUUGUGGAAAUAUAAAAUGUAUGAUACAUAUAAUACAUAUAUGUGAUAUAUAAUAUAGUUGUGAACAUUCUAAUAAGAUAUAGGAUAUCCUAGUAAAUCGUAUAUCUAAUAGAAUGAUAUCCUAGAAAAAAUUUUUAUUUUUAUGAAUCGUCGAAAAUAAAAUGUAUUACAAAAGUUGAAAUGAUAAGGCUGUAAUUUGUUAAAAGCAAUGUUUAAAAUAUUGUACAUUGAGAAUAUUAUUGAAUAAAAUAGAAUUGAAAUAA